GCGGCGGACAAGUACUUUGAGGGAAUACGUGCAGAAAGUCUUUGCUUUUUUUGGCGAUAAAUGAAGGCAACCAAGAUGUUGCCGCGUCUUACAAUACCUCAGGCUUAUUUCUUUUCUAUACGACUCUCGCAUAACUUUCGAAGAGCGCUUUAACAGACGGCGAUGACCUCUACACCGGAGAGUUCGUCAGUCCCGAGUCAGGGAGAUCUGUUCUCCUUACUCGAUGCGGACAACAAACAUACUGUGGAAGAAACCAAGGCGCUGAUUCACGAAAAUCUUCAUUCGUCUCGUGAUCCAGGACUUUUGAACUCCAUGGUGGAGUUCUAUUUAAAGACUCGCUCGCAAGCCUGUCUGCAGAUACUGAGUGGAAUUCACGAAGCUCGUGCGCAGGUAUUUGUAACGUUACUAUCCCUCCGAAAGAUGAUACUUAUAGCCAUCGAUCGUUCCCCUUUUGAUCCGUAGUUGGCGAUCUGUUUCCCAGCGUUAUGAUCUUAUACUUAUAGUUCUUCUGUUUUUCAUUCAGGCGUUGUUUGAGAUAAUGAACGAGUGUCUUAAGCAAAAACACACUCGCUUGGACACAUUGACCCUAUCUGGUCAUAUCGUGCGGAAACAGGUAAACUAUUUAAAAUACUCAAUUAAUUUCUAUUUCUCGUGAUAUACGAAUCUGCACGCCUUAUUUCAGGAACAAGUGGUAAAAUCAAGCUUUGCACCAUGUUGCCAUCAUUGCUCACACGUGCUGCCAUGCUUCACAGAUUCACGAAGCGGAUUAUCCAGACACUGACGGUUUCCUCUGUUUGUCGUUGAUUGAACUUCUUUGCAGCAUGGGUUUCGGCCGACUUUGGAAUAUUUAUUAGCAAAAUGCAUUUAAAUGUUACGCAUUUCUAUAAGUAAAGCAAUGUGCAACAUUAAAUUGUUGUUUUAUGUUAUUAUUAUUGAGUACUCAUUGUGCAACAUUUGACCUGUGACUUUUGUCAAAAGUAGAGAGCUAUUUCAACCCCACAGAAGUCACGUAUAAGCGUAAAUUAGAUAGUGGGGUGUGGUGUGUGAAGUUGAUGCAAUAUUGAUCAAAUAUCCAUUUCUUGUUUUCAUAGUAUGAAAAGGCCUCUUCAACAUAUAUAUCCUCAAACACAAUGAACUAGCUACUAAGUGUGCAGCCAAGUUUUAUGUACAUGUAGCUCUGUUCAUGGUGUUUCAGCAGAUGAUGGAACACCCUCUAUUGUCUUUGAUAUAGUUUCUUAAGUUGUUUUUUUUGUUGGAGAAAUUCCAAAAACCAAAAUAUUGGCCAUAAUGCCAAGGAUUCAAGGAUCAGACCAUUUUCAUGGCUACAAUUUUCUUGUAUAAUGAACUCUUGCUAAUAAAGAUUUUUAGAACUGCGUAAGUCAAGGAAACACUGUUUUUAUUAUGUAUCAAACAAGGUGAACAGGGAGCAUAUAGUCAAACCACCAGUGAAUUUUGUGUAUAUUAUGAUGGUAAACACAGAAGAUUAGUUGACAUAAGUUACUUAACCCUUUAAGCCCCAGUACCCCACAUACAAAUUCUCCAAACUGAUCUCCAUACAUUUCCUCAAAGAAUUAGUUGAGAGAAUUUGAUAAUAGAUCAAGGCAUUUUCUCUUCGGUGAUCAUUUUAUUUAUUCUCAUUACUUAUCUCUUGACAGUAUAUGGAUAUUGUUAGGAGAAAAUUGAUCUUGGUCACUAUUGGGAUUAAAAGGGUUUAAGGACUUUUUUUGGUUUGUGGGUGGUGUCAGUACUGUGUUUAAGUGCACGUAUGUUUCUACAUGCAUGCACAUUGAGUGUCUUUAAAAUGUCAUAGCAAGAAGAGAUUAGGUGAAUGAAGCCACUAGCUAUAACAACUGUCUUAGUCUCUGUUAACCUUUUACAGCCUUCCUGGUUGUACAAGAUAAUCAAGACUCCUUUCUUUGAAACUCUCCUGAAGGUUAUGAAGGUAAAGGAUUGAUAUUAUAAAUAUUUACCUUGGUGAUCAUAUGGCGGGAUCAAGUAAUAUUAAAGAUUCCUUUCUGUAUUAGGAAACUGUUAAUGAAAAUGUACAAAUGUGGAAAUAAUAAAUCCCAUUUUUGGUGGCACUUAUGUCCAUGUCCAUGUAUAAUUUAUUUAUUAGAUUUUUGUUACCAAGAGGGGACCCACCAAGUUUUGUAUGGAAGGGGAAAGUACCCCCCACCCCCCCCCCAAAAAAAUACCCCCUUUUAUUUCCCUUGUCAAAGAAAGCAAAAUAUUUAUUUUCAAGCUACAGUUCUGUAUACUGAAUAUGUUUCCAACUCUUUUUUGUUUGCAUUGUACAUAAGUUAACCUUGGACACAAGAGCAAAAAAAAAUUUAUUACUAUUAAAUGUUUCUACAGGCUGACAAUGAUGUAGUGGUUUUAACAAGUGGCAUUUUAACGAUAACUACCCUCUUACCGCUGGUACCAGCCUCAAUUGGACACUGCUUGCAAGACUUGUUUGACAUUUUUACCAGGCUCUCGUCAUUCAGAGCUCGUCGACAAGGUAUUCUUCUUCCAGAAUACAAUCAAUCAAACCCAUCCAAAAGAACCAUGCUUAGAACCCUCUUAACCUUUUUUUCUCCUUUUAGGUAAUGCACCUGAAGUGUACCUUCUCUACCUGCAUGUUGCUGUUUAUAUGUUUUUUCACCGAUUGUAUGCCAUGUACCCAAACAACUUCUUGGCGUAUCUCAGGGCACUGUGCAAUGAGCCAUCUAAAUGGAAUAUCUUUCAGAACACUAUCAAGGUAAGGUGCAGUCUUACAGCUUUUGAACAUUGAUCAAAAACCUUAAGCGUGGCAAUAAUCGAUUAUGGAAAAUGUUCAACUAAUGAUCAUGAAAAAAUAAAUAAAAAUUUCCUGUUCAUUUCCUCUGAGGAAUUUUUUGUGAUUGUAAUAUCUGUUGAUGAUCAUAUGGCUGGUCUAUCUGAUUAUUUUUGAUGAUCCAUUCUGAAAUCUUAGCUUAUUUUAAAAGGACACCUGCACAUACCAAAACCUGUUUUUGGUUGAGUAAUGGGGUGUUGCUUUUUUGGGGGAAUUCACUUGAGAUGCACCUCAUUAUUUUGUGAAACAAUAAUAUUAAGGAGACUUGCUCAAAUUUUAACCAAUUUGCCUCUAACAUUGCCUCUAGAACAUGCCAAGUUACUAAAGAUAUUUUAUUGACACUUUUAGCCGAUGCUGGAACAUGUACGACUUCAUCCCUGUGUGAUAACAGAGACAGCACAUACAGAAACAGAAAAACACAGGUAAAUGAAGACCAUAAAAUAAUGAUCUAAUAGAUGCCCAGUGCAUCUAUUUAACUUUAGGGGUCCAAGCGGGGGAGCAGAUGGGAGGGGUUCAAAAGAGAGAGAUGUGUAUUCUUAUAACUUUAACAAGCUCAACAAAGCUACGUGUUUUUGGUGAAAAUAUCAAGAGUGUUUUAAAAAUAGAAGAACAUCCAUUCCAUCAAUAUUGAUAUCUCUAGGCCAUUAAGAGAUCAAUAUCACUCUUUCAAAUCCCAACAUCAAUGUCAGAAUCCUUGCUUAGGGCUAUUGUGUUGCCAUCGUUAGUCUAUACUCUGAACGUGACAUUGAACAGGAUGAAAUAUGCAAAGCCUUGUUAAUUAAGCAAGAAACUGAACGAAUUGAAUAAUUUUGCUCCUUUUCCCUACAGUGUAAUUCCUAGUAUUUUGGAGUAAUUUUCAUGGAGGAGGAUGGUUCUUUUGGACGGGAUGUUUUUACUAGAGAGGGGUUUCUAAUACAUUUUAACAGCAUAGAUGGGGCAUUUGUUAGAUAAGAGGCCUCUAUGUGGAUGUGGGCGACUAUCAGGUCAUUUACAGUAGUAGAAUUUGGCUCUGCUGUUUGGGAGAUCUUUAAAGUGUGAUCGCAUUAGCUUGGGAGCCAUAAAAAGCAGAGAACUGCAUGAAAAGGGGUAAUUAUUAGUACUUCCCUUAAUACUCUGUAGAUACAGCCUGUAGUAAUAAGGCCCGGUUAGGGUAAAAUCCCUACGACUAAGUGACAUGGCCUUGAAGCAGUGACAUAAGACAGAUGAAAUGGCAACAAACGACACAAACAUGGGUUGAAACUGUGACAGCAGUGAGAAAAAUCACAAAGUGGUACCUGCACAGUGACAUGGCCUCCUCUUCAAUAUGUGAAACGACUGACUGCGUUUGAAACUCAGAAUAGGGACAUAUGUACCCAACGCCCCCCCCCCCUCACCUAAGAAGGCCUCAGUUGUGGAACUGUUUAUGAACAGUAUUGUUGUGUACUUUAUCUCAGGUGGAGACAGAAAGAGCCCCAUGAUAUUGUUAUAGAGUGCAUGAAAGUCUCGUUGGAUCCAAUCGACAGGAUACAGGAGAAAGGAACAUUUUUGUUGUCAUCAUCAUCCAGACAUAGUCUUCAGGAACUUUUAGCUGAUAAAUCCAGCAGCUCUAAUUUCACAGCAUCGAGUGAAAGUCAAGGACAGGAAACUGUGAGAUCACGGGAGCGUCGCAUGUCAGACUCGGCAACGCAGACUGGCAAAUCACUACAGAGUGGUGACAGUGGAAUAGACUCUUGUAAUACUCCAGUUAUUUUGUCAGACAAAAUUAUGACGGGGUGGAGCCCAUCAGAAGUGUGUCAGCUUAGUACCCCACCUUCCUCACAAAUGUCUCCAUCAACCAGCAACCCUGACCUGUGGAGCUCAGUGAAUAUUCACUCUCAUUGCAGUACGCCAGGAGCCACAGUUACUCCAGAGCAAUCACCAACAUCAUCGAUGAGUGGGGACAUAGGCCAUCAGCAUGGAUGCUCAAGUUCACCUUCCAUGUUUGGGAGUAAAGUAAGAGCUGGUGUUUCAGUAGGGAUGUCUAGUGGCAGGGGGACUCCAGUUAGGGGCGCUAAAACCUCCAGUCACGAGGGACAGUUAACAAACGCUUUGUCUUCUGCUUUAGCACAGCACAGUCAUGAAUCAGCUGCUGAAGCUCUUGAUGAGCACCAAACCUCAACCCCAAAAGAUGUGGCAAAGAGAGAGGAAGGGAAAAGAAUUGAAACUUCAGUGGAGGAAGUGCCCCAUGGUACAUUUACUAUUUCCUCCUCAACAAGUGUUUCAAGUACUCUUGAAGGCCAUAAUAAAGAAAUAAAAGACCACCAUGAGAUACCUAAUGCAGGGCAUUUGGACAGUAGUAAAAUCUCACCGAAAGAAGAGUACAGAGACUUAAGUGAGCAUGAGUUUUUUCCCUUGGAAUUAAGUGAACACAAGGCCCUUGAAUCGCAUCAGGGUAACAUUACUACUGAUUGGUUGCCGGAUUCUUUCACACCUGUUUUGACUCCAGUGGCUGGGCAAUCUCUGGACACUGUGACGUUAAAGAACUCACCCCAUGUAAAAGAUGCCUCUUUGUCAACAGAACCAGAGGAAUCUCAACAUUCUGCACAGCAAUCUGGAUUUGAUUCUGAUGGACUGUUGCAUAGCAAACACCAUCAGGAUUAUGAUGCCAGUACUAAAGGGCAUGAAAGCAUAGAAGCUAAUAAGAGUGAAACCAGCUUCGCAUCUGAUGAAAUAUCCUUAGACUCAUCAAAAUUCCAUGGCACUGUUCCUCAUGAUGCAACACAAAAUCACCACCAGUCGUUAGCAGACUUGAUCCCCUCAUUUCCUCAGCUGUUGCCAUUGUUUAGAGGUGAACAGAAAUGUGCUGUGGGCAGUUGCAUGACUCAUGAAGAUGACGCAAGUUUAUCUAGACCUCAGCAGCAUUUGUUGUCAAGCGCACCAAGCCCUGUGGAAAUCCUUGAUAGCUACCUCAAAACAGGAAGCAGUUUGCACUAUGGCGAGCUCUCCAGGUAGGUACUCUUUAUGUCAGUGGCCAAAAUUAUUCUAGAGAUGAAUUAUCCAUCUAAAGAAUAAUUUGUCUGAGUAUAAAUCUGAGAAAUGAAUUUAGAUGAAUCUUAGGUGUAAACUUGGUUUGCUUGUGGAUGCCAUCUUAAACAUCUCAUAUCCCAAGAAACCUUGUGAAUAAAUAGAUCCUAGCCACUCUAAAGUCAAAACUAAGCAGAAACCCAUCUUUUUUUCCCUUCUAGAUUUAAAUUUAGAGAUCUGUCUGAGACUAAUUAUUCCUCGGUCAGCAUGUCAUUACAGACAUGCAGACAGAUUCAUCAAUUUGGAUGCAAAAUUCAUCUAAACAAUGGAUUUAUUCAUGUAUCUAGACAAUUUAUCUGUCUAAGAUGGAUAAUUCCUGUUAGAUGGAUAAUUCGUCUCUGUUAUAAAGUUGGCCAGUCAAAUGGUGUUUGUUGUCUCUAUAUUGUCACUACAGUCUCCUACUAUUAGGGAGCUUAUAUAAUCACCAUGGCAACAACAGCUAACACGUGGCUAUUUAAAAGACUUUUUUUAAAACUUUGUUGUGAUUUAAUUACGACUCACCUAAACAUGUUAAAUGUAUUUGAAUUUCCCUGGAACUGAAUUAUUGCUGACUGAACCCAAGUUUAGAAGGAUCUACAUGUAGAAAGAUUCUAAAAUUGAGGUUUUGGAUGUAGCAAAGUUUAUCCUGUUUUGUUAUUAUUGUUCCACAGGGUGCCUCUUGUUAGUCACGCUGAUACUGCUUGGACACAUUAUGGAGGUAAGCCUGUUGAACGUUUGUAGACAAAGCUUUGUGUAGUUGCACCUAUUUAAUAUGCUUUUAAUAGCUUAAUUUUAAAUUUAGAUUUAUUAAAGGACAUUUGACCCUUUUUGGGGUUACUCUAAGAUAAACUCAGUCAACUCUGGCCGUAUCUCCCAGGGGAUUUUGGAGGCCUACUCUUCCACCUUUGGGAAAAGUUUGAACAUUUGAAGCACGAAAGUGAAUGGAUGCUUUCUAAAUUUUCCAAAUUUGCCAUAAAGCACCCCUGCUUAAUAGGGAGUGACUAAAAUGGGUAACAUUGUUACCCGCUAAGUGGCUUAACUGGAAAACAUCAUACUGUAUUCAAGAAGCAAGAAUGUUUCUCACGUGGCUUAAUGAGAGUAUCUUUCAUCUAUCAUUUCUCAUUUUUUCCAUCUUUUUUUUUGCCAAGAUUGUUUCUUUGUAGCUAAACAGGGAAACAUUCUGAUUUGCAACAAAGUUUCAAUCUGCCAGGGUAUUUUUCUGCUUUAGCCAACCCAUAAAGAGAGUUGAUCUGCUGCACUACCAUAUGGUUAUCUCAGUAGGCAGUGCAAAAGUUAUUUUAAAGGAACAGAUUGUUAACCUAAUGGGCCAAUUUCGAUACUUGGCUCUAAUCACAUCAAAGUUCAGGGGUGAAUAUAGUUGGUCUAUUGACUACAGUGUGAUUGUAAUGUGCAUUUGUGUUAUUAAUUCAGGUGAGCCUCCAGUAGAUGAAGUGGAGAUCAUGCGAGGGCAAGUCAAGUUACUUCAUAACCAGCUACUGUUUGAGCGACACAAAUGUGACUUGCAUGCUAUUCGUAACAGGCGACUCAUCGGCAAGACAUUCAAGGCUGUACAACAUCAAGAAGAGCUGCUAGCAACUGUGAGUGUGCUAUCUGGUGUCAAUUUAAUAAAACUUUUACAAGUGUAGCCCUUGUUUUAGAGUCCGACAACAACUUGUAAUUUACACUAACUUGUAAACAUUUUAUUAAAUUGACCUCUGGUUUGAUAAACAUCUCACCUCUCCAUACAUGGGAAGUGUCAGUUUAUUUCUUACAUGCACUGACAUCAAAGCUGAGUUAUGCUAAUUAUGAAAAAUCAUGUACUGCCUAAUUCUUUUAUGCAAGUAACGCAUAACUAUAAAUUCAUUGCUUGAGGUAAAGAAAUUGGAUAUUUUGAGGAUCAAACUAGAAGUCACCAGAGUAAAAUUGUAAACUAGUAACCUAAAGGUUACAUAAAUCUAUUAUUAUCAUUAUUUGUUAAUUAUUACCACACAAGAUUUAAAUGGAGCUGUCUAAUAAAAAAAACACAAUGCACUGACAUCAAAGCUGAGUUUUGCUAAUUAUGAAAAAUCAUGUACUGCCUAAUUCUUUUAUGCAAGUAACACAUAACUAUAAAUUUGUUGCUUGAGGUAAAGAAAUUGGAUAUUUUGAGGAUCAAACUAGAAGUCACCAGAGUAAAUUGUAAACUUAACCUAAAGGUUACCUAAAUCCAUUAUUAUUAUUAUUUUUUUAUUACCUCACAAGAUUUAAAUGAAGCUGUCUAAUAAAAAAGAUAAUUAUCAUUAUUAUUAUUAUUAAUUUAUUGUUUAAAAAGUAUUAUUAUUUAACGAAGCAAAAGCAGAAUAUUAAUAAAGUGGUGGCUUUCCUUGUUUAUUGUGUCAUUGUGGAAUUUUUUAUUUAAAAAUGAUGUUGUCAUAUGACUCUCAGGUACAUGUCACAGGACCUCUUAGGUCAAGCUGGCCUUAUACAUAUUUACACUGUUUUUUCCUCCAUGUCUCUUAUAUGGGAACAGAAAGAUCAACUCAGGCUUCAAGAGGAUAAAAUGAGAGAAUUGACUGAUGCCCUUAAUAAACAAGUAGAAGAAAACAGGUAUAGUAAUUAUGACACACAAUUAACUAAAAGUACUUGUCAAGUAUUUAAAGAACUUCUUUAAGAACAGCCUUUGCUUAUUCCUUUUAAACUUUGUACUCACUGUGUACUUUGCCCAGAUGUCAGCUCUGUACUUCUACAGUGUAUGCAUUCCAAAGUAAUAAUGUUUUGGAGGCUUGUUUUGAUUUAUAAAUUACAGGACACACUAUUGUUAGCUGCCACUGUCUGAUCAAUGUGUUGCUGUAAAUGGAAAAAUGAUACCAUUCAGUGUUUUUUUAAGCUUGCUGAUUUAUGAUGAUUAUAUAAUACAUGUACCAGACCCCCUCCAGCCUCCACCUUUCGUUACUACAUGUACAAUGUAACACCUUCCCCUGCUGGGACUAAAUUUUGAAAACUGUUAUGUUUUGAUGUGUCCGCCAAUAAAAAUUACUUCCACUGAGGCGGUCAAAAUGUCUUUGACCUUGUUUUCUUUUGUCACCUACUGUCUUCAAAUGAACAAGUUUUUUUUUUCAUUUUUUUUAGAUAUAGAUAAUAAAAGAUGUAAUAAAAAUUGAUUGUAAGCCACUUUCACGCAACUUUGAUGUUUUUCAUUUUUUUUGUUUUGUUUUUUCGGGGGUAGGGUUAGGUUUUUUGUCACAAAUUCUCCUGUCUUAUAAAAAUGGGAAGAUUAAAAAAAACAUAAUUCAGCAAAGCCAAAAUAUCAAAAUAAAACCCACUGCAAGGGGGUGAAACUGGUUGUACCAAAGUUGAUUUCCAGUCUAUGUUAUUAAACUAAACAAAAAAUGUACAAAAUCCUGCAAUUACUGUUAAUUGUCAAACUGAGCAGUUAAAGUUUCAAUGCAACAAUAUUUACAGUUAGCUUAAUUUCCACAAUGCUUUUAGACUGAUUUUGUGCAAGAGUGUGGUCAAUAUUUUCUGGAAAACGUCCACAUCUUGGUUUUAAAUGGUACCCAAAAGUUCCUCUACUGGAGAAGAGCACUGCAAGCAGUUACUAAAUACAGACCCAAAACUCAGACAAACAAAUUGAAAUUAACAUCAGCGAAUUCCUCAUUUUUGUCUGACUGUUGUCAUUAAAAUGUCAUGUUUGCCUGUCUUUUGUCAUUAAAAUGAGAAAAAUGACAAAACUCAGACAAACAUUGCAAAUUAGUCACUUUGACGUAAUUCGUGUGCUACGCUAUUGAUAGAGUGGGAAAAUUUGCUUAGAAUACAUUUUGUGACUUUGCUCCUUUUUAUGCAGAAGAUUUAAAUCUAUUGCAUCAAGCUGGGAAAGUCAUCAAAGGACAGAACUCAGGUUUGGCUUUCAUUCUAUCUUCUUAGACUGUUACAGUGAGUGUUGUCUCUGUCACUUGUGUUGUCCAUGUGACGGGUGUUGUCUCUGUAACUUGUGUUGUCCAUGUGACAGGUGUUGUCCCUGUAACUUGUGUUGUCCAUGUGACAGGUGUUGUCCCUGUAACUUGUCUUGUCCAUGUGACAGGUGUUGUCCCUGUAACUUGUGUUUUCCCUGUGAUGGGGGUUGUCCUUGUCAUGGGUGUUGUCCCUGUGACGGUUGAUAAGUGAUGUCCCUCUAAUCUCUGAUAGGUGUUAUUGUGACAAGCAUUGUCCCUGUGACUAGCGCAGUCCCAGCUACAGAUGGUAUCAGUGUGACAGGGGUUCUCCUUGUAACAGGUGUAACCCCUCUGAUAAGUGUUGUCCCUGUAAUGAAUGCUGUCCCUGUGAUGGGUGUUAUCGGUGUAUUAAUUUUAUUUAUGUGUCUCACAGUCUGUCGGCACAUACAGUAAUGUAUGUACAAAGACGAGACAUGUGGCCUUAAACCACUGACUGUAGUCUCCACGGAAUUUUUAACUACCAGUUAUCUCAUACUGUCUGAAUGAAUCUGCAUGUGGUAUUGAUCACUGCAGCUUACUUGUCAAUCAUUCAAUACUUCUCAGGAAUUUGUUGAAUGAGAAUGCUCAACUGAAGUAUAAAGAAAAGGAGCUACUAGAGAAACUUGAAGCCCAGCAAAAAGGAUUUGAUACCAAGCAAACAGUAAGUUUGGUGAAAGGCAUUUUAUAACUUUGUGUGGCAGAAGUUGGCCACCCAUGGAAAGGGAAUAGGAAGCUUAAGCAAAGUCAUUUUUUUAGCGACACGUGUGAACUGGAAGUGUGGGCUUUUCCUUUUAAAGUCCCUUGGCUUUACAGGGACAAUUUUUUUUUUGUCCAAAAAAAAAUGGUGCAGAACCACUGGCCAAGAAUACAAAAAGUCUAUCUCUUGUUGACAUGUGUCACCCAAGAAUUGAGUUCUCUAUUAUUAUCCCUGAGUGGCAAUAGGCAGGGAGGGAGGGGUGAGGGCCUCUAGUUCAAAAGAGGGGCUGGGUGGGUGCGGAUAAGAAAAAAAAAAAACUUUCCCAGGGGAUACAUGAAUGUUUUCUGUCAGGUCACUAAUGGAUCUUUAAUUUAUUCACAAAUAAUUUAUUAUUUUACCGCAGUUGUCACUUCUGAUGGUUUUGUUUGUUCAUGUAUUUUAAUAUUUUUUUUAUUAUUAUUAUUUUAGGAAAUUCAUCAGUUGAAGGCAAGAAUUUUCACUUUGGAAAAUGAGCUAGAUAGACUGAAAGUUCAAGCAUUAGAAAAAGAACAGCUGUCAAAACAGGUAAAAUGGGUGUCAUAUUUUGUCUUUGUACACAGUAAGAAAAUUUUUAUCUUAAUUAUAGACAGAGGCAGGCGCAGUUUUAAAAAAGUGCUGCAAGAGAAGUAUACCUUAAAUUUAUGAUAACAAUAGUCAAUACAUCAUUGCUUCUAAGCAAAGUACUGUUAUUUUUCCUUUUGUCUUGAAUUUUUGACAACUUUGAUGAGUUCCAGUAAUUAAAUGCAGAAGAAACUUCAAGACGUCCUGAAGGUGGAGCAAUGUGUACUUCCUUUGAAAUAGCAUUACUCUGCCUCUAAAAUGUUGUGUACACGUUGAGCACAUUGUGUUAGCUUUUGAAUAUUUUGUCAAAUUACCCGUACACCCUUCAAAGCUUGGUCAUGCACAAAAGGCAAAAUUCAAGACUGACAGUUUUUGGCGAAAACUUCCCCCUCCACUUAACCACUCACUUUAAUUGCCUCCUUCCUCCAUGUUUUUUCCUUGGUUUUGUUUUGUUUUGUUGGUGUUGUUUUGUUUUUUAUUUUGGUUUGAAUGAUUCUGUCCCCCUGCACAAGUUGGGCAUGAAAGUUAUCCGUGCAAUUAGAAUUCUUCACAAUUUUUGGUAGUAGGGACUCAGGUCUUCAAGGGUGGUUACAGGCAUUUAAGGUGUGAAUGUGCUAAAAUAUUCUUACUUUAACACAGGUCAAUCAACUUGUGAUGGAACUUUUAAUAAUGGGUGAGCUUAACCAGCAACAAAAAGACACUAUUCAGAAAUUAACCCUUGCUGAGGGACAGAAUCCUGAAAGCAGUAUGCAUUUACAUGGCUGUCAUAGAGAAUUAGGGGGUAAGUAAGCUUAUCAUUAUCUGUAAAUGUGUAUCUUAAGUCUAGAACUGGUCUUUUGUUCAUGUCCCCAGGGCGCAAAGAAAGUCUAGCCCCAUGUUAUUUCAACUAGCCCCAAAAACUUUUUGAUGAGCAGAAUUAUUUCAUAGUUCAUCUGUAAUUUGAAUUCCUCAAAAAGUCAUCAGGAUUUUUGAGAAAUGGCUUCCAAGGCCCUCUAUGUGUGUAUGCACGUGUAUGUAGCCAUGGUCAAAAAUGUUUUUUUUCCUCUUCCAGUUGCAAAGCAAACAUUGAAAAAGCAGAAAGCUGAACUAGAUGCAUUAACCUCCAAACUAGCAGAAAUGGAAACACAAAUCUCCAACAAGGUGAUGUGUAAAAUAAAAAUUUAAUUAAUUAAUUAAUUUAUUUAUUUACAUAAUUAGUGAAAUGAAGUAAAAUAUUAGUCUUUUGAAAGUGAAAACAGUAGUUAUACUUGUAAGAACUGUUAUGUUACGUGUGUUCCAUCCAUUUUGAAUUAUAAAGUCAUUCAUUCCUCCUUUGUGGUAUAAAAGCCCAGGUUGUUUGUUAUCCCAACAUAGCUUUCAAUUGGCUAUCAGAGUGUGGCAUGCUUUCAUAUUUUUCUUUUAGAUGUUUAGUAUUUAUUUUCCAUUUCUUAUAUUAAUUUCUUAUUUGAAAGUCAUACCAGUUCUGUCACCCUUUUCAGGAUUUUGAAAUAAGAGAAAUGAAAAAGUUCACUGAGGGAUUAAAAGGAACAUAUGCUGGGAAGAUACAGGUGAAGUUAUGUCUAAAAAAUAAUGAUUAUUUUGAUAAUGCCUCAGAGGACUUAGCAGGGAACAUCCUCAAUCUACAUAAUACAGUCAAACUUUCAUGCGCAACCACCUCUGAUAAGUAACCACCUGCAAUAAGCAACUACCUGUCCAAAACACCAAAAUUUUCCCAGUCAAAGCCUUAUUUCCUCGCAAAAUAUCUUUGAAUAAAUUCAUGUUUAAUACAGCUCAAUCAGCUUUAAACAACGUUUGCUAGUGGAAGUGUCAUGAAAAAGGUAUUAAGUUAAAUACUUUUCUGGGAAUGUAUAUAGUCAUCCUCAGUAGUGUAGUGGUAGGGGUAAGUUGCACCAAACAGGAGGUGCGGGGUUCAAUCCCCAACCAAUUACCCAUUUUCUUUCUUUCUUUCUUUCUUUUUUUGUUGUUGUUGUUUUGUUUUGUGUUUUGCUUAUUUUUUUGUUUGUUCGUUUGUUUUUAUGUAUUUUCUUUUUCCUAUUGGCUUCUUUCCAUUUCUUCCUACUUAUGGCCCUUAGCAUCUGCUUCGCAAGGCUCUGCGAUUGACGUAUUUCUUGUAGUACUGUUGGAAUGCUUUGUAAACGACCACCUCCUAUGAGCGACCAUUGCCGCUUUUUGGGGAGAGACGGCUCUUUGUAUGCUGUAUGUCAAUGCUACUUUGAUUAGUACAUAAAGAACUUUUUGAGACAAUAUGAAAAUACUUGUAUGUACGGCAACAUAGAAAUUGCAUGCAAUAAAUUAUCUUCCAUAAAGUAGUUGUGUCUGGACCUCUUCUCAAAAGAGACACCCUGUGGUUCGACUCUUAUAAGUGACCACUUCCUGUAAGCAACCACCAAAGUCUUUGGAUUUUAGGUGCUCAUUUAUAGGAGCUUGGAUGGUAAUUAAAGAUUAAAUAUUCUUUGUAUCAUACUCAAACUCAUCCAAUGAAAAAUAGUUUUAUUUUUUGGUUAUUAGUAUAUAAUAACAAUAAUAAUUUAUUUAUUAAUCUAUUUUUAGAGUCUGGAAGAAAAAUAUGCUGCCCAAAGGAAGGUAACGCAAGCCUUGGAAUCUUACAUUCUUGACCUGCAAGCUGUGGAUAGUGCAAGAAGAGAGAAGAUUGAGAGGGAAACAAUGCAACCUGACCCUUAG